AUGCAUGAUUGUAAAGGAUUAUCCACUCCAGCCGCUAUCACUGAGAAUGUUCAAGAUAAUUCAUCUCUUUCUGCUGAGGAUUCAAAUUUAUUUCAGGUCAUCAUUGGUGCACUGCAGUAUUUGUCUCUUACAAGGCCUGAUGUAUCUUUCUCGGUUCACCAUUUAUCUCAGUUUGUUCAUUGUCCGAGUAUCAAACACUGGUGUGCAGUAAAAAGAAUUCUCAGAUAUUUGCAGCAAACAAAAGACCACGGGUUGCACAUUACACGUAGCUCACAUUUUCAUAUACAUGCCUAUACUGAUGCUACGUGGACUUCUGAUGUUAUCGAUCGCAAAUCAAUCUCUGGAAUGACAGUAUAUGUGGGUACAAAUUUGAUUUCUUGGGCAACUAAGAAGCAAAAGUUGGUUGCAAGGUCUUCUACGGAAGCGGAGUACAGAGCACUUGGGACUGUUACCGCUGAAAUCACUUGGUUGCUUUCUUUGAUUAAUGAGAUUGGUCUGCCAAAUCCGUCUCCACCAACAAUUUGGUGUGAUAACAUAGGAAGGGAGCUACGUAUCUUUUCGGCAAACCGGGUGAUUUCAUUCUCGCGAUGA